UCAGGCCUUCAAUGUCACAUUUGUUGUGUGUGAAGUAGCUAAGUUUCUGAAAGCGUAAUUGUAUCUUAAAGUAUUAAACAUGUAUAAAUUAAAUUGUACAUUCGUUAGUUAUUUGAGUAACGUGUGCCAACAGCUGUCUGCCUCCCUAAAUGCAAGUGGAAGCUCUCUGAAUGUGUUCUAUGGUUGUGGAAGCAUUGGCUUGCAGCGAACACUGUGUACCAGUGGAGUCAGACUUCAGGAGACUGCAGCAUCCAUCACAGACUCUGGGAAAACCUCCAAAGAGUUCAGCCAUUUUCCUCCAAUGAUUGGCCAGGAGAGUUCACUGAGAUGGGGUGGAAAGAAGUUUGAGGAGUUACCAAUCGCUCACAUUAAAGCCACAUACAACAACACACACAUCCAGCUGACGGAGAGCACGGGACAGUCGCUGGUCCGGACGUCCUGCGGAACAGAGGGCUUCAAGAAUAUCAAGAAGUCGACGCCCAUCGCUGCUCAGACUGCGGGCAUCUCUGCUGCUGCGAAAGCCACAGCGAAGGGAGUGACAUUUGUCCGAGUUGUGGUCAAAGGUCUCGGUCCUGGACGUCUGUCCGCGAUCAAAGGCCUGACGAUGGGAGGCCUGGAGGUGAUAUCGAUCACCGACAACACCCCCGUGCCGCACAACGGAUGUCGCCCGCGCAAAGCCAGGAGGACGUGAUCUCCAUCAACCAGAAUGCACUGCGCCGGGAGGACGCGGUUGUGUCGUAAUAUGCUAAUAAAGGUUGUUUUUUUUGUUGUGUAACCUUGCCGGCUCUGAGCUUGAACCUUCACAUAAUUUCAUCAGCAGAGAUGAUUGCAGAUGGUGUUAUUAAUGAGCAGAGCGCAGGUGUCUCCGUCCUCUGCUGCGACUGUGGACACGCGAGUGAACCUUUCGAACCGGACCCUUGAACCCGGCCGCGUUCGAGCCGUUACCAGACCACACGCAUCUGAAGUGAACACACGAAGCAAAUUCAAAGGAAAGUUCUCUUUAUGUUUCACUCAAAGUACAGCCAGACACAUGAUAUAAAUACAAUAUCGUAAAGCUCUGAAGAAAACGCUGGAAGAUCAGUCCGGUACAGAUCAGUCCAGUACAAGUAGAGUAGAAAUGGAAACACUGAGCGAGACAAACAUGCGCCAAACUCAUAAAGUGGAGUGUUUGUGUUUCAACACAACCACUUCACAGUGAUCAUUACAACAGACUUUAUAACACACUUUUCCAGACCAUUGACAUUCAAUUUAUAACUCUUUUUGCCUAAAUCUUUUGGAUGGCAUACUUGAUAUUCAGCUGUAGCGCUCUUCGCACCACGUGCUAGUGUGUAGUUAGUUUUGAUUUACCUUUAAAAUACAAGAAAACUCUCCAGGAUACUCAGAACACCAUAGAGAUCCUGUGACGACGUACAGUAACAGAAAACAGCACGCUGCUCUCGUUUAGUGCAAAUGCUUGGAGCCUUUUCCCUUCAAUACAUUCAGGAGAGUAAAAAAACAAACUGAUAUCUUAAGUGAUUUUUGCAGUAAUGCGUUUCAGACACCUUCACUGAAUCCAGAACUCCUCACAGCUGCUGGACUCAACAUGAAGCCGUCAGUGACGAUAGAAACCGGCGACCUGCUGAGCUCUUAUACUGAAAGGGAACUCCAUUAAAGCACAAGCUGCUGCAGUUGAACUGGGAUUGAUAUGAACGCUUGUUAAUGGGGUCUUAUUUAGACACCGAGAUGAGAAAACUGUUGAGAAAAGUAAAAUCAAGUAAGACACACAAGUUUGUCACAUGAAGCCAAAGCAGAGUUCUACUGAUGUAGAGAAAUGUUGCUCCUGAAGCACCCGACGUGAAUCCAGACUACCGACACAAAGACUGAUGUUGGUUCUCUGCACUCUCACGUGUAAGACGCUUCAAUUAAUAGUAACGCCUUUUUUACAAACAUAACGGACAUAAAGAGAAAUUAGCCCUUUAAAAAAGUGAUAUCCGACUCCCCGCAUUUGGAGUUCAUACGUUAUAUACCAGAAACUUAUACUAUACAUCAGUGGAGCUUGUGUAGUACGCCGUUUGUAGUGAAAAAGCCUGAGACGUUAGCAAAGUACUAAAAAAAAAAAAAGUAUGACGGUUUGGUGAGGUUUUUGUCAACUCAGCAUCUUAUCUUCAGCAAUAUUCACACUAAAAUACUUCCUUUUCAGAUGACCCCCCCCAAACUAUUUGACUGGUGGGUUCCCAGUCCUUCUGUUUACACUGUGACCUUUAGCAGGAGCAAAAGGACCCGAUUGCUUCAAAAGGUGAACACGUGUAAGACAACACCAAGCUGUGGCUGACGAAUGACGUUUCUAAGUACAGGAUCAUUCUGGAAAGCAUUUGAAACAAAGCUCAACGGCAAGAACGAAACAACCGACGUGGUCCUGAUGAUUCACACUGCUGAUGUGACUUAAAGCUCAUCGACUUGAAGGGGGGAAAAAAAGGUGCGGUACUGAAAAUAGAGAUUUUAUACACACUAACUAUACAAAAAUACAUAUUUUUUUAUUUCAAAGUGCCCUGAAGUCCUUCCUUUAUACAAACAUCGUAACUCCGGAUCAAGCAAAGACAAACGAUCAAAUCACUAAUGUAAGAUGUUGUGGACUCAAACCAACAGCUCCAGUCGCAGCUUUCCCUCAUCUGUGGGUCAACUAACGUCAGCAAAACAAUGACAACACUUGAGCAUCAAAAGAGAGACGGUGCUGCAACACGACCACUAAACAAAUAACAGUGCGGAUUACAUUACCGUGAAUACCGUUUCCACAAGCUCGACACACGGCAGAAGAACAGCUGGAAGUUGAUGAGAAAGACCGAGUCAAAGGGGGGGCUCAUUUUGCUUUGGGGCUUCUCGGAGCCUUUUCAAGAGGAGUAAAUAUUGGUUAGCUAAUGGUUUUAUCAGGCUGCCUGAUUCUUGGACAAUGUAGUGGGGAUGGUGGUGGUGGAGAGUAUUAAGCAUCUGGACUGGGCCACAUCGCACUCUACAUCACAUCACAUCACUCGUAUUCUUUACAGCAGCAGAUUUACAAUUUGUAAACUGACAAAAGAGUCAACAACUGCAUCGACAUCAAACGACAUUUCUUUCAGACUCUUCCAGACUGUCGAAGCGUUACAGUGACUGGAACACCGCCGGAUACGAUUGUCUGUCUAAACUCCCGCUCGAUGGGUUUUAGGUGAACAAAGUGUCCUCAAAAAAUAUUGUUGAUGCUGCCUUGACAAAGGCACUAGACCGGCGCAGACUGUCCCGGUAAACCGUGUACCGUGUUUUUGAGUGUGAGGCAGGGCAGGGGCUGGAAAAAACAACAAUUUGACGACACACGAGUGCUGUUGCAUUGCUGUAGUUCCAACAGCUUGAGCAUUUGGUGCCUCUUAAAUAUUGCACUUUUGAAAAAAAAGAACCGAACGGAGAUGCAGCGUGGAAGUUAGAUACUAGAGAGAGAAUGAGUGCUUGUGCAUACUGCCCUCGGAUUACGAGACAUUAAGAAAUUGGUUGGCACUGCCAGUUAAGUGUGGGAGUGGAUUGAAGGACUGCAGGAGUGUCACAGAAGCCCCCCCGCUGAGGAUAAAGCGAGGCCGUCAUCACUUCCCCUGGAGGUUGCUGAACUCCAUGUCCUCCUUGCGGCGUUUUUGUUGAGUGAAGAGGGAGCUGAAGGGGUAGAGUUUGGCUUUGGCUGGGUAGCGCUGGCCGGCGAUGUCCACCUCGUAGUCCCCGCGGUUGAUGAAGUCCGGGGUGAUGGGCGUGGGGAGCCCCUCCGGGCCCGGCGGCGGAGACACGAAGCCGAGGCAGACAUGGCGCUCCAGGGUGUAGCUGUAGGCGCUGCUGGUGGUCGUGCCGGCCAGCAGGCCGUUGCGGUAGAUGGGCUCGCCCCACCACGGCCACAGGUCCAGCUCGGUGUCGUGGUCCUCCAGAACCAGCAUGACAAAUCGCCGGGACACGCCGUCCUGACGCUCCUGCAGCAAGGCCUCGCGACCGAGGAAAUCCGUGUCCUGGUAUGAGGCGAAGAGAGAGGACAGGCGAGAAUGAAGAUAAUGAAGUGUUCUGGGACAUGGUCUACCAACAGUAUACAAAGACUGCACAGUCCUGUUGGGAGCUACAGAAAACUAACUUUUUUUAUUUUAUACAUUUUUCAAAUAAACUUUAAAGACAUCAA